AUGUUGAGGAAUCAAGCUCUUCAUCACGGCAAAUAUGCUAGAAAAAAUCUCUGGGCAUGUAAAAGUUAUGGGUCGUUUCAACCUUCUCGAGGUCUAGCAAUAGUGGCUGAUGGCAAAACGGUAUCUCGACAGAGUGAGAUAGAUCCCCGAGCGCCUCCCUACGCGAAACUCACCGAAAAGUUAAGCUUAGUGCGGAGAUUGCUUGGUGAUGCCAGAAAACUCACACUAGCGGAAAAAAUAUUGUUUUCGCAUUUAGGUGACCCUGAAGAAUCACUACUCUCUAACUCCGAUAACGGGCGAAAUAUUAGAGGAAAUGCGGUCCUCAAGCUCAAACCAGAUCGAGUCGCCAUGCAAGAUGCUUCCGCACAAAUGGCUCUACUACAAUUCAUGACGUGUAGAAUUCCCACAACAGCUGUUCCAGCUAGCAUACACUGCGAUCACAUGAUUGUUGCUGAAAACAGUGCAGAUUCUGACUUAGCAGAGUCUGUUAAGGGUAACGAAGAGGUCUUUCAAUUUCUAGAAUCCGCAGCCAAGAAGUAUGGCAUCGAAUUUUGGCCACCUGGGGCCGGAAUAAUACACCAAACAGUUUUGGAGAACUAUGCCGCACCAGGAUUAAUGCUUCUAGGUACCGAUAGCCAUACCCCCAAUGCUGGUGGUCUGGGAGCUAUUGCGAUUGGAGUUGGUGGGGCCGAUGCGGUAGAUGCGCUCGUCGAUGCUCCGUGGGAACUCAAAGCUCCAAAAAUUCUCGGUGUUAGAUUAGAAGGCGAAUUGAACGGCUGGGCCUCUCCAAAAGAUGUUAUCCUAUCACUCGCAGGAAGGUUGACAGUUCGAGGUGGGACUGGCUACAUUAUUGAAUACCAUGGACCCGGUGUGCAUACGUUGAGCUGUACAGGAAUGGCAACUAUCGCAAAUAUGGGCGCUGAAGUUGGUGCCACUACAUCGGUUUUCCCAUUUUCGCAACGGCACUACACAUAUCUUGAUUCAACUCAUAGAUCAUUCAUAGCCCGGAAAGCCAAACAAGUUUCCGAAUCUCCACUAAAAUACAAUUUGCUGGCCGCUGAUGAAGAUGCACAGUACGAUGAACUCAUUACAAUCAACCUAUCUGAACUCGAGCCUCAUAUAAAUGGGCCGAAUACUCCAGAUUUAUCAACACCAAUCUCAAAGUUUUUUAGCUCUGCUAAAGAAAAUGAGUGGCCCAAAGAAAUAUCUGCCGGUCUCAUUGGAAGCUGUACCAACAGCUCAUAUCAAGAUAUGACACGGGCUGAAGAUCUUGUAAAACAGGCUACUGCAGCUGGCCUUAAACCUGUAGUGGAUUUUUUCGUAACACCGGGAAGUGAGCAGAUUAGGGCAACACUUGAACGCGACUUGACAAUUUCUACUUUCAAAGAUGCUGGAGCUAUCAUUCUUGCAAAUGCAUGUGGACCGUGUAUAGGUCAGUGGUCACGCAAAGACAUGAGCAAGGGAACGCGUAACGCAAUCCUGACCUCUUACAAUCGAAAUUUUCGAGGUCGCAAUGACGGCAAUCCAGAAACAAUGAAUUUUCUAGCCUCCCCAGAAAUAGUAACAGCAAUGUCUUACGCAGGAAGCACCAGCUUCAACCCCAUAACCGACAGUAUCCGCACCCCAUCAGGCCAAAGAUUCCAGUUCUCCCCCCCGAAAGGAUCUGAACUCCCACUAUCUGGGUUUGAAAGUGGUGAUCCCAGAUUUCGCCAAAUUUCGGGCCCCCCUUCGCCAGACACUGAAGUAGUCGUCUCACCCCACUCGGAGCGGCUUGCUUUGCUCGAGCCCUUUGAUCCGUUUCCAGAGGCAGAAUUAAAAGGACUUCGCGUUUUAUUCAAAGUUACCGGAAAAUGCACGACCGAUACCAUUUCUGCAGCCGGUCCAUGGCUCAAGUACAAGGGUCAUUUACCAAAUAUAUCGGCAAAUACACUCAUUGGCGCAACCAAUUCCGCCACAGGUGAAGUUAAUGUAGCAUAUGAUUUUGAUGGCAGCCGAUUCGGUAUACCAGAACUGGCCCAGAAAUGGAAAGACCAACACAUCCCUUGGCUAGUAGUAGCCGAGGAUAAUUACGGAGAAGGGUCUGCGCGUGAGCACGCUGCUCUACAGCCACGCUAUCUCGGAGGUCGCAUAAUUCUUGCGAAAUCAUUUGCUCGAAUUCACGAGACCAAUCUUAAAAAACAAGGAAUUAUCCCAUUGAAAUUCUUCAAUCCAGAUGAUUACAAUCGAAUUGAUGCGUGCGAUGAAGUACACACUAUUGGUCUUCUUGAUGUUCUCAAGGGUAGCGACAACCUUGUUAGCCUUGGUGUGAAGAAGCACAAAACUAUGGAAUACUUUGAAAUCAAGGUUCAACAUACUUUAAGUAAAGAUCAGCGCAAGUUUAUCUUAGCUGGCAGUGCCCUGAAUCUGUUGUCAAAAAUUAAUAAGUGA